UAUCGAUCGAAACCUUACUUUCCGAGGAAAUGUCCAACAAAAUAUUCACAGGCGCCAUUUUGCCCGAGCCUGCGCACAAGCCACUUCAGCAGACGAUACGAAAUGUUUGAGUGGUGAAGCAGAAAUCUGUCAUAGAAAUGCAGACUGCACUGAUACCUCGAGCUUCAUUUCUUUGUGCCUUUCCUGCGCGAAGAUUGAUUUCAACUAAAGCAGAUUCCACAGUUGAUCGAAUAUUACGUGUCGACCAUGCUGGUGAACUUGGCGCUGAUCGAAUUUAUGCUGGGCAAAUGGCUGUUUUAGGAAACAGCCCUGUCGGUGCAACAAUUCAACACAUGUGGGAUCAAGAAAAGGCUCACCUGGCCAAAUUUGAAGAUUUAAUUCGUAAACACCGUGCAAGGCCGACUGUCAUGCUGCCACUGUGGAAUAUUGCAGGAUUUGCACUUGGUGCAGGUAGUGCUCUCUUAGGUCCUAAAGCUGCAAUGGCCUGCACAGUAGCGGUAGAAUCUGUAAUUGUUGAACAUUAUGACAGCCAACUGCGUGAGCUGGUUGGAAUGCCGAACGAAGCUGUGGAUCAAGAACUGCUGGAGACUAUUCGACAGUUUCGAGAUGACGAGCAAGACCAUCAUGAUACAGGCCUUGCACAUGAAGCAGAAGCUGCACCCUUCUACAAUGUACUCACUGCUGUCAUCAAAGUGGGAUGUCGUACAGCUAUUGCCAUAUCUGAGGCUGUGUAAGAAAUUGUUGAAUUAACUGUUAUUGUAAACCUGUUGUCUGCUGUUUACCAGAGAGUUUCAAUGUAAUUAUUCUAAAAUUGUCAGGAUAAGGUCUGUAAAACAGAAAAUUUUGCACAAGAAGAAAUGCAUUAAGUUUUUUCACCCAAGAAAAUAACAUGACGGUGUGUGCAGGUAAGUCUUGGAGAUGCACUGUAACCAUGUUUCAUUAAAAGGAAGUAUGAAUGCCAGCAAUUCUUAUGCACAAUGACAACAAUGCUUGUUCCAAUAACUUUUUUUGUCUUGGUGUCUUAAUAACAUGUGCUUAAUACUUCAAACUAAAUCUUAAAUUUUGAGGUAGGACACAAAGAAAAAAAUAUCUGACUGGGUCUCUGUGAAUGUUUGAAAAAUAUUAAUUUUUUGCACAAGCAAAUGAUGAGAUUUUCCAUAAGGUUACAGAAAAAACUUAUGUAAUCAUUCAAAUAAAAGUUUCAGGC